AUGAAUACCUACAGGACAAAUUACCGAAAAGAACAGAAAAAGUCGAAAAUUCGAAGAAAUCAGGGACAGGCAUCAACGACGUAUACGUGCCGAGUCUAUGACAGAAGAAACAAGGAAGUUGAAACUGAUGGAGAUUUCAAAAUCUACACUGAGUCUUCUUCUGACGCCGUUCAAAGUCCACAAGCAUCGACGUCUUCUGCAGUCGUCCAAAGUCUAAACCCACCGACACCUUCAAGAAACCGGUCAAGGCCGACAAAAAGGACUUCAAAUUCUGAUUCCGUAACUGAAGAUGUUCUUCUGUCGGUGCGUGAUCAUUUCAAACGUCCGGCUGUACCCGAAGUGGUUGCGACGUUUUUGUAA